GGAGAGAAGAUGGCGGAAGCGGAGUUUAAGGACCACAGUACAGCUAUGGAUAGUGAACCAAACCCUGGAACAUCUUCGGUAUCGACAACAACCAGUAGCACUACCACGACCACCAUCACCACUUCCUCCUCUCGAAUGCAGCAACCACAGAUCUCUGUCUAUAGUGGCUCAGACCGACAUGCUGUACAGGUAAUUCAACAGGCAUUGCACCGCCCUCCCAGCUCAGCUGCUCAGUAUCUACAGCAAAUGUAUGCCGCUCAGCAACAGCACUUAAUGCUGCACACAGCAGCUCUCCAGCAGCAGCACUUAAGCAGCUCCCAGCUUCAGAGCCUUGCUGCUGUUCAGGCAAGUUUGUCCAGUGGAAGACCACCUACAUCCCCCACAGGAAGUGUCACACAGCAGUCAAGUAUGUCCCAGACAUCUAUCAACCUCUCUACUUCUCCUACACCUGCACAGUUAAUAAGCCGUUCCCAGGCUUCCAGUUCUACCAGUGGCAGUAUUACCCAACAGACUAUGUUACUAGGGAGUACCUCCCCUACCCUAACGGCAAGCCAAGCUCAAAUGUAUCUCCGAGCUCAAAUGCUGAUUUUCACACCCGCUACCACUGUGGCUGCUGUACAGUCUGACAUUCCUGUUGUCUCGUCGUCAUCGUCAUCUUCCUGUCAGUCUGCAGCUACUCAGGUUCAGAAUUUAACAUUACGCAGCCAGAAGUUGGGUGUAUUAUCUAGCUCACAAAAUGGUCCGCCAAAAAGUACUAGUCAAACUCAGUCAUUGACAAUUUGUCAUAACAAAACAACAGUGACCAGUUCUAAAAUCAGCCAACGAGAUCCUUCUCCAGAAAGUAAUAAGAAAGGAGAAAGUCCAAGUCUGGAAUCACGAAGCACAGCUGUCACCCGGACAUCAAGUAUUCACCAGUUAAUAGCACCAGCUUCAUAUCCUCCAAUUCAGCCUCAUCCUCUAAUAAAACAUCAGCAGAUUCCUCUUCAUUCACCACCUCCCAAAGUUUCCCACCAUCAGCUGAUGCUACAGCAGCAGCAACAGCAAAUUCAGCCAAUCACACUUCAAAGUCCAACUCAAGACCCACCACCAUCCCAGCACUGUUUACCACUCCAAAACCACGGCCUGCCUCCAGCUCCCAGUAGUGCCCAGUCACAGCAUUGUUCCCCAAUUCAGAGUCAUCCCCCUCCUUUACCAGUGUCUCCCAGCCAGUCACAGUCAGCACAGCAGUCUGUAGUGGUGUCUCCUCCACCACCUCAUUCACCAAGUCAGUCUCCUACUAUAAUUAUUCAUCCACAAGCACUUAUUCAGCCACACCCACUUGUGUCAUCAGCUCUCCAGCCAGGGUCAAACUUGCAGCAGUCCACUGCUAAUCAGGUGCAACCUACAGCACAGCUGAACCUUCCAUCCCAUCUUCCACUUCCAGCUUCCCCUGUUGUACACAUUGGCCCAGUGCAGCAGUCCACCUUGGUGUCCCCAGGUCAGCAGAUUGUGUCUCCAGCAUCACACCAGCAGUAUUCAACCCUGCAGUCCUCUCCAAUCCCAAUUGCAACCCCUCCGCAGAUGUCGACAUCUCCUCCAGCUCAGAUUCCACCACUGCCCUUGCAGUCUAUGCAGUCUUUACAAGUGCAGCCUGAAAUUCUGUCCCAGGGCCAGGUUUUGGUGCAGAAUGCUUUGGUGUCAGAAGAGGAGCUUCCAGCUGCAGAAGCUUUGGUCCAGUUGCCAUUUCAGACUCUUCCUCCUCCACAGACUGUUGCGGUAAACCUACAAGUACAACCACCAGCAUCCGUUGAUCCACCAGUGGGAAUGCAUUUGAACCAGUGUCAUCUGCACAAAGUUUUUUCUCUUAAGGUUUAUCAAGUAGAAGAUGUAUGUGAAGAAGAAAUGCCAGAGGAGUCAGAAGAAUGUGUCCGAAUGGAUAGAACUCCACCACCACCCACAUUGUCUCCAGCAGCUAUAACUGUGGGGAGAGGAGAAGAUUUGACUUCUGAGCAUCCUUUGUUAGAGCAAGUAGAAUUACCUGUUGUGGCAUCAGUCAGUGCUUCAGUAAUUAAAUCUCCAUCAGAUCCUUCACAUGUGUCUGUUCCUCCACCUCCACUCUUACUUCCAGCUGCUACCACAAGGAGUAAUAGUACAUCUGUGCCUAGCAGCAUACCCAGUGUAGAAAACAAACCUCCACAGGCUAUUGUUAAGCCACAGAUCUUGACCCAUGUUAUUGAAGGCUUUGUAAUUCAGGAGGGAUUGGAGCCAUUUCCUGUGAGUCGUUCAUCUCUGCUGAUUGAACAGCCUGUGAAAAAAAGGCCUAUUUUGGAUAAUCAGGUGAUAAAUUCCGUGUGUGUUCAGCCAGAGCUACAGAAUAAUGCAAAGCAUGCAGAUAAUUCAUCUGACACGGAGAUGGAAGACAUGAUUGCUGAAGAGGCAUUAGAAGAAAUGGACAGUGAGUUGCUCAAGUGUGAAUUCUGUGGAAAGAUGGGGUAUGCUAAUGAAUUUCUGCGGUCAAAACGAUUCUGCACUAUGUCGUGUGCCAAAAGGUACAAUGUUAGCUGUUCUAAAAAAUUUGCACUUAGUCGUUGGAAUCGUAAGCCUGAUAAUCAAAGUCUUGGGCAUCGUGGCCGUCGUCCAAGUGGCCCUGAUGGGGCAGCAAGAGAACAUAUCCUUAGGCAGCUUCCAAUUACUUAUCCAUCUGCAGAAGAAGACUUGGCUUCUCAUGAAGAUUCUGUGCCAUCUGCUAUGACAACACGCCUGCGCAGGCAGAGUGAGCGGGAAAGAGAGCGUGAGCUUCGGGAUGUGAGAAUGAGGAAAAUGCCUGAGAACAGUGACUUGCUACCAGUUGCACAAACGGAGCCAUCUGUAUGGACAGUUGAUGACGUCUGGGCCUUCAUCCAUUCUUUGCCUGGCUGCCAGGAUAUUGCAGAUGAGUUCAGAGCACAGGAGAUUGAUGGACAGGCUCUUCUCUUGCUAAAAGAAGACCAUCUUAUGAGUGCAAUGAAUAUCAAGCUAGGCCCGGCCCUAAAGAUCUGUGCACGCAUCAACUCUCUGAAGGAAUCUUAACGGGAUCAUGAGGCUCUGAGAUAACAGCAGUUUUAUUCUUAAACAAACUUGUAAGAGGUGUUGCUAUAUGCAGGGUGUGUGACAGAACAAUACAGAGAAGCUGGUGCUGAUUUACUAUACAUUUUGAACUACACCCAGUAUUGACAGUGCAGUAACUUUUGAAAACUGAAAAAUCUCAGAAGAGCUUGCUGAACAGGACUUUCAUAUUAUUAAAACCUCAAACACUGACCCAACCAGGAUGAACAAAGAAUCACCAAGGGGAAAGAAAACAUUUUUUUAUCUUUACAAAAAACAAAUGUUAAGAUUAUACAUAGAUGUAUUCUUUAUGUUGGAUAUUGUACUAGAGUCCUCCUUGCAGGGAAUGAAAUAGUUUUAGCACUCUUAGCAUUAGCGGUCCUAGAUUGGUGUCUAUAGCUGCAGUUUUAAAAUGUAUAACCUGACAAUGAAGUUAAUUUUGCAUUAUGAGAGCACACCAUGAUCUAUGUAAAAAGAUUGUCCAUUUGGUGUAUUUUUUUAAAAAAGAGAAAGCACUUUCAUAUUAACAGUAGCAUGUGUAUGAAUUUUAGAUUUUCAUAUUUGUUGUGUCUGUAUUCAGUGAAGUAAAAUUGAACAUUUCAAAUGUUUGUUGAUGGCAACAUUAACUGUUAAAUUAAAGCACCUUAUACUCUGCUGCUUAAACUUGCUUGUAAUUGCACCUUUGUUACCUGCACAUUUUCACAUAGAAUAUUGUUGUAACAUUGCUUCAUGUGGGUCUGGAUGGAAGGUUAGUGGGCCUACAGGAUCAUUUAUUUAUAUUGUUUAUAUUACAAUAAUAUAUUGUAGACCAGUUGUAAGUUCAUUUCUUUACAAAUAAAAGCCUCUUCCAUUUGGCUGGUCAA